CAUUAGAUAUGUAUCCUGGUAGAAAAACUUUGGAUUUACUCUUUUUGAAAAAUUCUACCUUGCAUUCUCUUGGACUCACUCACGAGUCAAAUUCCACACUUGGGUUUGGCCAUAUUUACGUUGUUAAUCUUCCAAGUCGGCCAGAUAGACGCGAAAAAUUAGAAAUUUUAGCGAAUAAAUUUAAUUUAAACUUUGAUUUUGUCCCAGCUGUCUCUAAAGAUGAUGAAGAGGCUCAAGUUGAACCAGGAAUGGGAAUUGGACCGACUCAUAAGGCCUGCUAUCUUAGUCAUUAUAAAAUUUACAAAUCGAUUGAUGAACACAAAUACGAAAGUGCUUUAAUCUUAGAAGAUGACGUAGACAUAGAACUUAACAUCGCAUCUAUUAUAACCAACGUACAUAGAAUUUUACCAUCAAGUUGGGACAUCUUUUAUCUUGGAUUUUGUAGUAAUUGGGAAGGAGGCGGUGACCCUAUAGAGGACAAGGAUAAUAUCUCUCCCACUCAUAAAUUGUUUCAUUCAAGGAACCCAUAUUGUACACAUGCUUAUGCUCUUUCGCGUACCGGUAUUCGUAAGCUAUUAGAAAAACUUUCCGAUGAGCCAA